AUGAACAUAAAACCAAUUGAUGUAUAUGAUUCCAAUCGGAGAAAACUGUUUGGAUUUUUCCACCUUUUCAGUUAUGCACUUGGCGGUGGUGAGAAGGUACUUUGGGAAGCAGUGAUUUCUACCCUAGAAAAUGACUAUAACAAUGUUGCUGUUAUUUAUACAUUCACUCCAUCAACAGACACUUCUAUUUACUCAAUUCUACUUGGCGUCAAAGAAACUUUUGGAAUCGACUUUCUCCGCAGUGAUAGAGAGUACUUGAGAGAUAGAAUUGUAUUUAUCCAUUUGUCUGAUAAAUACAGCUGGCUCAUUAACGGAAGUUCAUACCCAGUUUUGAGCAUGAUUGGUCAGGCUAUUGGAAGUGUCUUUUUAGUAAUGUCUGGAUUUCAACAGGUUACUCCGGAUGUCUUCAUUGACACAAUCGGUAUCCCAUUCACUUAUAUGCUUGUCUAUGGCUUUUUGCAUAUUCCGAUCAUCUCUUAUAUUCAUUAUCCAACGGUGAGCAGAGAUAUGUUGAAGGCCGCAAAAAACAUAGGUGGUAUUUAUGGGAUAUUAAAAUAUGGUUAUUGGUGGGUCCUACUACAGCUUUACUCUCUUAACAUAAUCUGGGUUAAUAUUGCCCUGUACAACUCUACCUGGACCGCUGAAAAUGUCAUGUCGGCGUUAGGCUGGGCUGGAGAUGAUGCUGAGAUCGAGGAAAACAUCCUAUAUCCUCCAUGUGUUAGUUUUGAUGAUUACGAUUUUGACAAAGUUUCUAUCCCCGAACUCUUGUUAAAGAAGAGAGAGAAAAAUAUAGUUUACUUGGCCCAAUUCAGACCUGAAAAACGUCACAAGUUACUAAUUCAACACUAUAAAGAAUACUUGCAACAAUAUGAAGAAAAGGGAAUCAGCGAGCCACAUAAAUUGGUGUUUAUUGGUGCUUUACGCCAAGGGAAAGAUGAAGAAUAUGUGAAAUCAUUAAAAGAUUUGAUUGGCGAACUUGAAAUUCCAUCAGAAUUAAUCAUUUUUGAAUUGAACGCACCAACUUCAAAUGUUGAGAAAUGGCUUCAAAAUUCUGAUUUCGGGAUAAAUUGUAUGUGGAAGGAACAUUUUGGGAUUGCUGUUGUUGAAUAUAUGCUCAAUGGUGCAAUUCCUCUAGUACACGCCAGCGCUGGCCCAUUAGAGGAUAUUGUCAUUCCUAGGGUUGAUGGCCAUGCUUUAGGAAAGGGUGAAUCAAAAAAACAUCUCAAGGUGGAAGAUGAUGAAAGGUCGGGACUUUUUUUCAAGGAUGAGACUGAUCCGGACUACAACAAGGCAAAUGUUGAAACAUAUCCUACUUUAACAGACAUGCUAUUGAGUGCAAGCGGUUUGACAGACGUUUACAAGAACAAGAUGCGUGAAAACGCAAUUUACGUUUCGAGAGAGAAAUUUGGACGGGGAGCAUUUACCACGAAAUGGGAUAAGUGUAUUUCUGAGGUUUUAGCGACUGAGAAUGAGCACAGAGAUAAAAGAGGUACUGUUGAACGAGUUUACUAA